AUGGAGGAAAUUCCGUUUGAAAGAGUCCAGACCCGGAAGGAGGGUCACUGUCCGGCCGCCACCGGUACAACCAUCGCUGCCGUUGCUUGCGAGGACGAGUUCGACAGCAAAGAGCUCGAGACGCUCUUCCAAAACUACAACCUGAAGCUAGAGCAGACGGCAACGCUCAAAGCCCUCGCGGUGCUCAUCGUGGCCGCCUCGUCCCUCGCGCUGAUGGAGCUUCUGUCCGGUCCCCGGCUCACGGUGUCCAAGGGCUCUCACCCGGUGCACAGCGUAGUGUUCGUCUCUCUCUUUAUAGUCACCAACGUCAAGUACCUGCAAGUGACGCAGCUGCAGCAGAUCGCCAAGCUCGCGCUGCUCUUCAGCUUCACCUUCGCGCUCCUCUGCUGCCCGUUCCCCCUUGCGCUUGGCGCCGCCGGCGUGGGGGCUCCCCCCGCACCGGAGCAAGGCGUGUGGCAGCUCAUGCUGGUCACUCUCGUGGCAUACGUGCUGCUCCCGGUGCGGACGCUGCUCGCAGUGCUGUUUGGUAUGAUGGUGGCCGUUUCCCACUUCAUCGUCACGGCGACAUCAGUCACGGCCAGAAAACACAAGCUCUGGAGACCGCUGGUGGCCAAUGCUGUACUAUUCACCAGUGUCAACCUGUCUGGAGUCUUUGUCAGGGUGCUGACUGAGCGUGCUCAAAGGAAGGUCUUUCUUCAGGCUAGGAGCUGCAUAGAGGAAAGGCUACGACUAGAGGAUGAGAAUGAGAAGCAGGAGCGCCUCCUGAUGAGCCUGUUGCCCAGGAACGUUGCCAUGGAGAUGAAGGAGGACUUCCUGAAGCCGCCCGAGAGGAUCUUUCAUAAGAUCUACAUCCAGCGUCAUGACAACGUCAGUAUUUUGUUUGCAGACAUCGUGGGGUUUACCAGUCUGGCGUCUCAGUGUACUGCCCAGGAACUGGUCAAACUGCUCAACGAACUCUUCGGGAAGUUUGACGAGCUGGCCACAGAGAACCACUGUAGGCGUAUAAAGAUUCUGGGGGACUGUUACUACUGUGUGUCAGGUCUGACCCAACCCAAGGCAGACCAUGCACACUGUUGUGUAGAGAUGGGCCUGGACAUGAUCGACACUAUCACGUCUGUGGUGGAGGCUACAGAGGUGGAUCUGAACAUGCGUGUGGGUCUGCACACGGGCCGUGUACUCUGUGGGGUUCUGGGACUCCGGAAGUGGCAGUAUGAUGUCUGGUCCAAUGAUGUCACUCUGGCCAAUGUGAUGGAGGCAGGAGGACUGCCUGGUAAGGUCCACAUAACCAGGACUACUCUAGAGUGUUUGAAUGGAGACUAUGAGGUGGAGCCUGGCUUUGGCCAUGAUCGACAUACCUUCCUACAGAAACACAACAUUGAGACCUUCUUCAUAGUACCCUCCCACAGGCGAAAGAUCUUCCCAGGGUUGAUCCUGUCGGAUAUCAAGCCAGCCAAGAAGAUGAAGUUUAAGACAGUGUGCUACCUGCUGGUUCAGCUCAUGCACUGUAGGAAGAUGUUCAAGGCGGAGAUCCCCUUCUCUAACGUCAUGACCUGCGACGACGAUGACAAGAGGCGUGCGUUGCGGACGGCAUCGGAGAAGGUGCGUAGCCGGACGUCGUUCUCGGGCUCCGUGCAGCACCCGCCUGGUACACGGGUUAACCGCUACAUUGGCCGGCUAAUCGAGGCUCGUCAGACAGACUCACAGACCACCGACCUCAACUUCAUCACACUCACCUACAGGAACACAGACAGGGAGCGCAGGGUAUGUAGAGUACACACACACACACAC